AUUUCUCUUUUUAUUAGUUACAUUCGGUUCAUUUUCCAGUUUUAAUUAUUUACAAAUAAAAUAGACAGUAUUAACAAUAAUUUAUGAAUCUAAUCAUUUCUUUAAUGGUUGUCAAUAGUCGCGUUAGGUGUUUCUCGAAAAAACCAAACAGGGACGAAUGUUCUAGCAUGCUCUGGCGCGUUCCUUCGAUCGUUUCCGUGACCGUUCGGCCUCGUUCGGCCAGGUAGUCACGUGGCUCCCAAUGCGUCCCACACAACAAAUAUAUUUAAGUCCUCUGGCCGCGUACUGACAGUUUCACUAUUGACCUGCAUCGUGUAGGUUGUUAACGCGUGCGUCUUUGCGAUUAUUCGAGAAGAACAAUUCCUUCCAAGACUAAAAAACCUUGAUACGCGAGUGUGUGAUAGUGCAAGGAACUAAACACAAGUGUUUCUCUUAUAUAACGAAAAGGAAGACGCCAGAGAGAGAGAGAGAGAGAAAUAGGGAGAAGGAAGAUCGAACGUAGGAGCUGAGACAACUGUCACGCGUUGUUCUCUCGUGAGCUUCUUGGCUGAUUCUUUGAAACCAUAGAAAAAAAAACACUUAACCUGCAAAAAAGGCCACGACUAAACUUCUCCCUAGUGUGAGAAAGACAAAAAAAAAAACAGGAAAUCACGUAUUCUAAAUCAGGCACGGACCAAAAGGUCCAGAAAAUGGACUCGCCUGUCAUCGUGGACAAAGCAUCCGAAUUCGGAGAACCGAUUGAUUUGGAUCGUCCGUUCCCCGGUUUUCCAUUCGACGACGACAGUUUUGGUCGACGCAGCGACAUCCGGGCCCACCUGGACGACCUAGCAGCCCGGCAUCCGGAGUUCGCGGACCACCUGCUCGGCCCCCCCUGGGGUGAUAUACCCUUCCAAGGCUCUUUCCGCAACCGAAAUCGUGGCUCUGGCAACGGUGGCCACAACUACCAGCAGCAGCAGGGUUAUUCGGACGAGGACGCGAGGAGCCAAGCGAGUGGAAGCAGCGCGACCAGCGGGGCGAGCGGCAGCUCUCACGGCGAGGCAGAAAGUAAUCAGAAUCAGCAGUCGCAAACAUCCGAGCAGACACCCAAAAAGAAUCAGAUACCUCAGUACGGCUUGCGUAAUACGGUGGACAUAGGCCAACACCAUCAUAACAUGGAGAACACGGACAAAGGAAAUCGCGGACAGCGUUCGAUGUCAGCUCCGCCAGAGAACAGACAAUCGUUCGCUCAGCCACAGCCUCAGCCGCAGGAACAACAGAGCCAACAGCCUUCUGGACAGAGGUACGUCUCCAGGAUAGACAUAACACCGCAGCACAAUCAAGCUCCGCAACAGCCACAGCAGCAGCAGCCACAGAAACCUCAACAGCAAGGCAACGUCAGGCACAUACCUAUCUUUGUAGAGGGUAGAGACGAGCCUGUGCUGCCAAGGAGUUUCGACGAACCACCGAAUUUCCGGAGAGAGCCAUCUCCCACACAGUUCCACACUCCACCUCACUUCCAGAGGUCGGCCCCGUUCGGGGAUGUUUUCGGUGGAAGACACCAGUGGUCUCCGCACUUCCAGGACACUUUCUACCAGCAACCAAGCUCGUUCGAGCAUCCCUCGCGCAGACAACAGCAGCCUUCCACUUUCCAGCAGCCUAAGAAGCCUCAGCAACAGCAGUACGAACAACCGAAGCAGCAGCAGCAGCAGCAAAAGCCCCAGCAACAUUCUCAGCCUCAGCCUCAGCAGCAGCAAGAACCUCCACCAAAGCCUAAGCCCACUCUUCCAAAGGAUCCUCUGGAGAGGGUAGCCUUAAUUCAGAAAGAAAUAGACUCCUUGGCGGAACAGGUUAAACAGUACACCGGAAAUUCAAGGACGGAUAAACAUUAUAUGUAUCUGGAUGAAAUGCUGACGAGGGAGUUGAUUAAAUUAGAUGACAUAGAAACAGAAGGUAGAGACAACGUCAGACAAGCAAGGAAGAACGCCAUUAAAACUAUACAAGAGACUAUCAGCUUGCUCGAAUCCAGGGCGCCUCUUCCAACGCAGCAGACCUCUACAGAGGAGAAAAAAGAGGAAGAGGAACAAGUUUCCAAUGACUCUGAGAAGGUUGGACAGAGCGCUGAGUCUAUGGACGUUGAACAGAAAUCAGAGAAUCAAGAGGCUGGUAAAGCUGAGAAGACUGAAGUUGCAGAAAGUGAGAAGAAGGAAGAGAAUCAGUCCAAAGAACCCAUACCUUUGCCUCCCUGUCCAUCGACCGAGGGAAAGCCUGAGGAGACUAAAGAGUCUCCUGCGAACGUUCCCAACGACCAGACGGCGAAUCAGCAACAAGAGACUAGUCAGACCUCUGGCGAUGCCAUGGACACGACUUCCAACGAGAAGUCCAAGCCAGCAGAAGCGCAACCAAACACGGAGAACGUGGAGGAGAAGAAAGCAGACACUGUUGACGAACAGAAGAAGCCAGAGAGCGUAGUUGAACACAAAGCAGAAGAGAAACCAGCCAAGGGAAAGAAGAAGGAUGCGUCUGAGAAGACGGAAAAUAAGAAAGAAGAGGAGAAGAUGGAGGUAGACAGUGAAGUUAAACAAUCACCGAAGACACAGAAGAAGGGCAAGAAGACGAAGAAGCAAGCUGCAGUCUCCGAUAAAGCUAUACCCUUACCAGCACCGGAAGACACUGCUGCGAGCGCAAAGUAAAUCUUCAGAAACCUGAAGGUGGAAAAUAAAGAACUGUCUGGUGCAUCGAGAGAUACGUGAAUCUUUUGGCUUCGUGGGAGAAGAGAACCACUUCCUAAUGCAGAGGCAAAUAAUAUUUAGGUUGUUUCUUACCUAGUCUGUCGUUGCCUCUGGUGGUUGCUGUUUUCUCGUUUCCCAAUUUAUUUCUUGGUGUCGGAUCGAAAGCGUCGUGGAUCGACGUGUGUUUGCACAAUCGUCGCGGAAACGAGAGAACAGGAGCAUUGUUUCUUUUGUUCAAUUUCGUUGAUUGCUCGCAUCGUGAGCCUGACUGUGGUUAGACCAUACUUACGUUAGAGUUUCAUCGAGGCAUAGGCUGUUUGAACAACAAAUACAUUGAGCUGCUUCUGAUUGUAAACUAUGUCCUUUAAGAAUUUUAUUUGAAACUUUUUUAUUGUAAGCAUUGACGCAGUGAGAAUGACUGUGCGUAGAAUGCCAGUUUGUAUAACAAUCAUUUAACUACAGCAUGAUAUAUGCUAGUUUACAAUUAUUGGUGGGUACCAAUAAUACUUUCUUUAGCUUUAUUACUGUAUUUCUGUUGACACCUUGAGGACCAAUACUGUUUUCAUGAAAUAUAACUGGGAUAUUUAAAAUUUAAUAAUUGCAUGUUUUAUCGAUACAUAUGGAUAUUUGGAUCCUUGAGGUGAUAGCAUUAAGAAAUUUUGUAAUUUCCAAAAGGACAAAGUAGGAGACUUAAAUAAGAACAGCCAUGUAAGCCUUAUUCGAAUUGUAUCAGCAACAGCAGAAUUACUUUGAAUUGUCAGUCUCCUAGAUGAUAGGAGUGAUUUUCAUUUAUUUUUCUUUCUUUUUUUUUUAUAGUAACGCUAUAUAUUUAUUAGACCGUUUCCUUUCUUUUAUCGACUCCAUUGGCUGGGUUGUUAAAAGAAAGGGAAUAGAUUGAUGAUAAUUGAGAGAUGAUCUCAAUUAAGAGAGAGAGAGAUAAGCGCUGAAGCUUUGUUUUACUUUCAACUUUUUAAGGAACCGGUAUUUAGUGUAUUAUCGAGACUGACCUGGUCGAUAUUUGAUAAUAGGGCGAAAUUUCAUACGAUUACGUGGAAUUUUAUUAAUGAUUCGUUUAGCAAGGAAUGAACGUGUACGUUUCCGGAAGUAUUACAGCGCACGCCUCGAGGCAUAACAAUUAAUUAACUUUAUUAUUAUUAUAAAAUAUUAUUUAUAAUUUAUUGCGCGCCUGCUGAACGAUUCAGGCACGUGUUUCGUGCGAGAAAUUGUAAUAGGGUGUUGAUACGCUUUAGAAAUUCGUGGACUUAUAAAAUCAUAUCCUUGGUCAAUAUUAAUUAAUACUGUACAAGCCUCCUAGAUAAAAAAUUUGUAUUAUCAAUUCUUCCUUCUAAAAUAAAUUCUGUAAUUAUUAUUUUUCUUUUUUGGAAAAUAAUUUUGGGGUAUGACUGUAGAACAGUCUCCUUUAUUUUAAAUAAACUGAACUUUAUUUAUUCAUCUAGCAUCAAGUAUCCACGAAUUCCUGCAACGCUCUGUAUCAUAUCUAGUGUCACCAACAAAACAUACUUGUGUGGUAUACGAACCGUGUACAUAUUAGGGUCGUAUGUGUUCGUCUUGUAUAAAAUGAUGCAUCCUUUGUUCAUUGUUAACAGUUAAUUACCCUUAGAUUAAUAAGAACAGAAGAAGAAGUAAACUUUCAUUCAGACAUAAUGAACCUAUUCUUUAUUAUAUAAUUUUGAAAGGUAAUUCUUUUAUUGAUAUUUUACUUUUUGUUUGAUACUGGGUCACCCGUGACCCGUACAUACAAAGAUAGAGAAAUUUAUUAUAAUUACAAAUUGCAUGUGAUCUUUGGAAUUGAUUUAUAUUUUCUGUCAUGAAUUUUGUAUUUAAAAUAUGAUUAACACUUUGACUGCCACGUUGCCUAUUAUGUAUGGGCUCUAAGUUAAAAUACUCCUAUCAGAACAAUAAUAAAUUAGGUUUAUUGAAAAUACUGGCAGUGAAAGGGUUAAGAAAGAGUUACAGAGUAACAAAAGGCAACAUUGGGUGCAUUAUUUUGAUGGUUCCUUGUUCAGGGUGAUACUCAUUAUUUCUCGUCUUGUUUUUUUUUCUUUUUCUUUAUUUUUCCUGUAUGAUGUUUACGUAUCUGUAGAGAUAUGCUCUUUCAGCCAGAAAUUUUGUAUUUUUUGAACGUGUUGCAAAAGGAGAGAAAGUGAAUGUAGUCUGCGUGUGUUUCGAGUGAAUGAGCGAGUAUGAAUUUACACAGUGCAGUAAGCAAAUUAAAAUAAAACGAAACUACAGAACGAAUGAUUAGACGUAUAAAUGCGGUAAAAUAUUGUAAUUAUUUUAUGAAGAAACGCAUUCGAUUGAAAAUACAAA